AUGGAGGAAACACCGUUUAGUCUGAGACUUCUAGUUGAUGAGAAGAGAAACAAAGUUGUUCUAGCUGAGGCUUGUAGGGAUUUUGUUGACGUCCUCUUCAGUCUCCUAACACUUCCCAUGGGCACCAUUGUUAGACUUCUCCAGAAACACAAGCAGCAGCCAAUGAGAUUAGGGUGUUUUAACAACAUUUACAAAAGUGUUUCAGAUAUGACCAUCGACGAUUUUGAGACUGAGGCUUGCAGAACUAUGUUGCUUUACCCGAGGAGCAUUAAGGAGAUCCAUUGCAGGAGACUGAAGCUGAACAUUGAUGAUACUGAGGCUACAAAGUUCUUCACAUGCCCACUUUUUCCUAGGAGUUGUAAGAAGUACAGCAACUUUAACACUUCGAGGUGUAGCUGUGGAGAUUUGAUGACAAGGGAGUUUCAAGUUUCAGAGGAAGAUCAACUCGGAAGCCCAAUAGGAAACAAUGACGAUGGAGUGUUUGUCAGUUGCCGUUCUUCUUACAUUGUUACUGAUGAUCUGAGAGUGACUUUGAGCUCUCUAGGUGUUAUUUCAAAAGAGCUUAAUUUACUAGGAUAUGCAGAUUUUGAUGACGUGAAAGAGAUUCUUCUUGAUGCUGGCAUUAAAGAGGUGCUGACUCUACUUGGAAACUUUUUUGCUUCGGACUUUCCGUUAUCACGUACCUUCCUCGGCAAAGAUUUUCUAAAACGGCCGUCUACUCAUACAUUAGAAGUGGGGUGUGGUAAAGGAGGCCAUGAAUGUAAUGUGAAGAUAUUUGUCAGAAAGUCUGACAAGAAGAUUAUCUAUGCAGAGUGCAGUGAAGACUUUAUUGAUUCUCUUCUUGGUAUUCUUGCUCUCCCUCUUGAGUUGGCAUGGUCAUUAUUAUCUAAUAAUGGCUCAGUUUUGGGGUGUGUUGGGAAUUUGUGCCGAAGUGAGUGUAGAGAAGCUUCUUCAGCUUCCACUCCCUUGGAGGUACCUUAUUAUUAUACAUGCAGUAAACAAGUUCUUGACAUUCCCUCUCAGCCAACAGUGGUAUAUUUUAAACUCUAUACUCUUGGUCCUGCGCCUCCGGUUCUGAGUUUUGUAAGGAAUGUUAAAAACCUUAAGAGUAAACCAUUGAGAAGUUUAGGCGUGAUACCAAUGGACCCAAAAGUCAAGUCUGAGACUCCCUCAAAAUAUAGUUUUGGGUUUGUGAAGAGAGAUAUGAGGUUUAUUGUGUCUGAUGAUAUGGUUAUAACACCGAUGAGUUCAUCUUCAACCAUUGGAUUGUUUAUGAAGAGUAAAAUCAACAACACAAGUGAUCUUGAGGAGCAGGAAAUCAGCAUUUCUAAAGCAGAGGUAUGCUUGUAA